AUGCGUGCGCUGGGUACGCAUUUGCUCCUGAUCUGCUCUUCCAAUACACCUGCUCCUCGCACGACAGGUGAUGCGGAUACCAUCGUAAAAGAUUUCCUCGAGAUCUCCGAUAUGGCUUCCUCCUUUUCAUCACAAACAGGGUGGGAAAUCAACGUCGGCUAUGAAGCCCUCUCCUGGGGCGCCCACAUCGAUCUCUGGUCCCAAGCCUGGAACAUCGUCCGCCUCGUAAAUCGCGACAACAUCGGUCUCAUCUUCGACUCGUUCAACACACUAGCCCGCGAAUUUGCCGACCCCUGCUCCACCUCGGGAAUCCAAGAACCCAUCUCUUCAACUCUCAGCGCACUCGAACGGAGCCUCGCUCAAAUCCGCACUGUUCCAGGCGACAAGAUCUUCCUGCUCCAAAUCGGUGAUGCGAGGAAAAUGCCAAGCCCACUGGAACCAAGCCCGCGAGAGGGGGAGCCGAGACCGAGCAGGAUGAUCUGGAGCAGAAGCAGCAGGUUGUACCCCUGCGAACAGCACAGAGGCGGAUUCAUGCCAGUGGAGGCCUUCGUGAGGAAAGUCGUGGAGGCAGGGUAUAGGGGUGUGUGGAGCAUCGAGGUCUUCAACAGCGAACUGGAGGAGGAGGGAGUCGAGGUGGAGAGGUCCGCAGCCACCAGAGCCAGGCAAGGCUUGGAUCGCUUGGUAGAGGUCGUCUUCAAGUAA